UCGUUGAUAGACGUAAGAAUAAUUUUAAAAUACCUAUAUAUCAAAUUCAAAGCGAUGUUUAUUUGUACCUAAUACCUUUUCUUACUGUGGGAAGAACGAUCUUUUAAUUGAGUUUAUAAAGGAAGAAGCUCAGAAAAAAAACAAGUAUGAGGUGUGAAAUACCAGUUCUAUUGCGAUGUUGUUGCUGCUUUCCUCUAAGAUAUGGUUUACUUGUCUGGGCGUACAUAAAACAGAUGUUCACCUUACUGUUCUUAGCGUACAUUAUUGUUUUGUUUUAUGAUGACUACCGGAAAAUAUCAGUAUGGGGUAUCGUGGUUCUCUCAGGAACCAUCCUAUUGACGAUUUUGGACUUCGUGUUUCAUGUAUUCUUCAUUAUUAGUGCGCACGCAAAAGACUACAGAAAAAUAAGAAUAUAUUACAGAUACAGUAUCUUUGUCUUUUGCCUGAGCGCCAUCUUUAUGGGCAUGUACAUAGGAAGUUCAUUAUUGUACGUAUUCUACCGGUCUAAAUAUUUAUCAUUUCUUUUGUGGUACAUGAUAUUGCCAGCCAUGGGUAUGACUGUUACCUUGAUACUGAUACAGGCCUACUUGAUUAUACUCGUGAGAAGUGAAUUCAUUAAACUGAAGAAUAACGCACAGUUUGAAUUCGUGAACAAUGCUGAAGAUAAAUGUACUGCCAACAUAGAUUACGACCAAGGAAUACCUGCAUAAGAUAGAAACCUUAUUUAGAAGAUUUUAGUAUGCUAAUUUCCGCGCGUAGCGUAGAGAAAUUUAAAAGAUUUGAAAAAAAUAGCGAUGUAAUACAGCUAUACCUAUACUACUAACUCCUAAGGAAACUUUUGAAUUUACGGGAUUAAAUGUGUCAAUCUACA